AUGAAGCAAACAUUUUUAGCAGCCAAUUGUAUUCUGCUGGCCGUGCUGUACAUAAACAGUUUAGUAGCAACUGCAGCCGUUACCACUGUACGUCCCUACAAAUUUGGUUUCACCAUCGAGGAGCAGCAGCAUCGAAGAGAGCAGAGAGAUGAGAACGGCAUUGUUAUGGGCGAAUUUGGAUUUAUAACCGCCGAUGGCAAAUACCAUGUUACGGUUUAUGCAACUGAUGAAAAUGGCAAAUUCCGCAUCAUAUCAAUGAAGAGCUUUCCUUAUGCAGGUCCUGUAGCACCCAGCACAACGAAUCUGCCUGUUAUUACGAGCACGACAGGAGCACCUUUGAAAAAGCACAACUUCAAUACAGUUGCCUGUUCGGGCUGCUUCCUGACCAACUCUGCUCCUGCAGCGAAUGGAGUUACUCCAGUGACGGGAUCAACAUCAGCUCUGGCUCCAUCUGACGUCCACAGUCACAAGACUGAGAUUCGUCCAUUGUCGCAGUCGUUGUCACCAGCGCCAGCGCCAGCAGCUGAUCCAGGUAAGUUGGUGGCACCUACACAGUUCUUCCAAUCGCAGGCGAACAAACUGGCCCAGUUGGCAGCCAGCCAGCUUUCGGCACAGCGUCAGGGUCACCCACAAGGUCAGCCACAGGGUCUGACUCACGGUCAAUCAACGGUUCAAUCAAAUGUCCUACCGCAAGGUCAGCCACAAGUAGCUGCAACCGGCCAGGCUCAGGCAGCUGGCUUCCCAACCGGGCCAUUACAGGGUGCUCCAACAAAUGGUCUGCCACAGAGACUUCCACAUGACCAAUCACAGAGGCAGGCACAGAGUCAACUACCAGUAGCUACAGCUGGCCAGGCACAUGACCUAUCAGUUAGUCUAUCACAGGGGCAGUCGUAUGGUCUGCCGAAUGGUCUGCCACCUGUCAACCUGCCACAGGGUCAACUACAAGAAGUCUCUGCUGGACAGAUUUCAAUCGAUAAAGGCAUCAAUUUGCUGCUGCCCUUCAAGCAGUCCAUAGUAGACAGUAUCGAUGCAGCACUGGCAGAGAGUCAAGCACACCCAACACUACAACAGACAACACCACAACACACAACACCAACACAACACGUGUCCACAACCAACAGUUCCAACUCCCAACCCUUGCAUACACUGCUCAGUCCAAACACAUUCCCGACCAAUUCUAAUGACAACAGCGUGGAUAUCCCAAAGGCAACGAUUGAUCUGACAAAUGUGCAAAGGAUUCCAGCAGCUCAAACAGGUGUCAAGGAUUUGAAUACUCAUGCAUUUGGCACACCAGUGAAAGCUUCAGUUGGCGGAAACAACUUCUUCCCAUCAUUGACAGCAACCCAACAGCAGCAGCUGCAACAACCAUCAUCUGACAUUUCCCCAACAGCAAACAAUAAUGGCUUAGUUCAGGCAGCAACCACUGGACAACGUUUACCCGCCAAUGGUCAGUUGUCGGGCAAUUUCAGACCAGAACAAGAGUUCCAUCAAGCCAUAUAUCCUGCUGAUGCGAUUCCCAGCAACUUAUACUCCCAACCAGCUAACCAGCCACUGCAUACACUGCUCAAUCCCAGCACGUUUGAUAAUAGGAACAAGGAAUUUGCCAAUCUCAAGGAAAUAGAGAAGACAGCCUUUAAUCUGGCAAAUGCUCAAAGAAUUCCAGCAGCUGCAACUGGCGUCAAGGAUCUGAAUGAUUAUUUAUUUGGCACACCAGUGAAAACUUCAAUCGGUGCAGCCGCAGCCGGAACUACUAACUUUCCAUCAUUGACAGCAACCCAAAAGCAGCAGCUGCAACAACCUGCAUCUUACAUUUCUCCAACUGCAAGCAAUAGUGGUUUAGUCCAGACAGCAACCAGUGCACAAGCAAACUUACCCGCUAAUGGACAGUUUGUCAAGCCGCACUUAGCGGGCAAUUUCAAACCAGAAGCAGAUUUCCAUCAUGGCCAACGUCCUGUUGUUGCCAAUCCCAACACAAUCCAAAACAAAAAUGAGGACAAUGGCAAUCCGAAGAAGGAAUCCAUUUAUCUAACGAAUCUGCAUAAGAUUCCAGCAGCUACAACUGGUGCUAAGGAUCUGGAUAUUCAUGUGUUUGGCUCACCAACGAAAUUGAGCAGUUCCAAGGGAUCCCAGCAUGGUCCACAUUCAGUGACUUCACCAUUGCCGCAUUCCAGCAUCAAUUCUGCAGCUGUUAAUCCUCUAAAGAUCAAUGUCGAGCACUCCAUGCAAAAGUUGGUAAUACCCGUGACACACCAGAUCAACAAGGUCGUUGCUCAACACCGCCCUCAGACUGCCACGCCCACACACCAUACACUAAAUGCAUCCCCCCUCAAUGCCCCUUUGCAUGCCAAGGGUAACGAGUUUGUAGCGCAACACACACCACUACACACACACAGCAACACACACACUGCCAGUCACAAUCGGCCACUAAGCACACAGUCAAUCGGUGCAGUUGGCAACGCGGCCGGAGCUACUAGCUUCCCAUCAUUGACAGCAACCCAAAAGCAGACGCAGCAACAACCAGCAACCAAUAAUGGUUUUGCCCAGACACCAACCAGUGCAAAACCGACGUUAGCAAAGUCUCCAAACUUAGCAGUGACAGCAACCAAAACGGGUACGGGUCAGACAUCGUUGGGCAAGCCUUCUAUACCCAAUUCUCCAGCCUUAGCAACGACUUCAACCAAUACAGAAGCGGGCCAAACGGGCGAUCUGUAUAAAUUCAAAUAUCUAUUGGACUACAACGGACAUGAGGAAACGGGCAGUCGCAAUGGCAACAAGGAGGGAAAUUACUUUGCAAUUGGCGAGGAUGCUGUGGCACGCACAAUCGAGUAUAUUGCCAAUGAAUUCGGAUUCCAGCCACACAUCAGUUGGCGUAAGUUGGAUCAAAAUGAAAUUGCCAACCUGCCGGCAGAGAAUUCAUUGAAGCAUUACGAGUUCAAAUGGUUCAACAAAGCAUCAGAAUAGGUAGGGGCAAAUGUUUAGGUAAAAUAUUAAGUAUCUGAUGUGAAUAAGUUGUAUAAUUUCCAAUAAAAUCUGUAUUUACGAGUACAACAUAAAAAAUUGUU